GAGUUAAGAGUGGGACCUCUUACCGAGUCGCGAGCUAUCUCUGCUGCCAGCUGUAAACACGAACGAGAGGUACUCACGAACGUCGCUUUAAACAGGCUGUCGGAGCCGUUUAUCGACAGUAACACAACUCACUGCUAAAGAAACAUGGAAGACGACACACUAACGACGCUGAAAAUAUUGAUAAUAGGAGAAAGUGGUGUCGGAAAGUCCAGCCUCCUCUUGAGAUUCACAGAUGACACAUUUGACCCAGAGCAAACGGCAACAAUAGGGGUCGACUUCAAAGUGAAGACCAUCACUGUGGACGGAAACAAGGCCAAGCUGGCGAUCUGGGACACAGCCGGGCAGGAGCGCUUCCGAACCCUGACACCUAGUUACUACCGCGGGGCCCAGGGGGUCAUCCUGGUGUAUGAUGUCACACGUCGGGAAACCUUUGCCAAGCUCGACAACUGGCUCAACGAGCUCGAGACAUACUGUACACGGAACGACCUCGUCAAAAUGCUUGUGGGAAAUAAAAUUGAUAAGGAGAACCACCAGCUAGACAGGGCCGAAGGACUCAAGUUUGCAAGAAAACAUUCCACACUUUUUAUAGAGGCCAGUGCAAAGACCAGGGAUGGUGUUCAGUGCGCAUUUGAGGAGCUGGUGGAGAAGAUCAUCCAGACGCCCGGCCUCUGGCAGAGUGAGAGCCACGGCCGAGGGGUCCAGCUCACCGACGAGGACGCGGGGGGCGGAAGCUGCGGCGGCUACUGCUCCCUGUUAUAGACAACCUGCACAGAUACAUUUACACACACAAAGCAUACGUGGGAAUACCGCACAUAGUGCCACACAAGCAUACAUGCUAACUCUUUCACCUCUCACUGUGUGUUGUCCUUAACUGAGCUCAGACAACUAUGCAGUGGAGGGUUGACCCACCACACACACACACACACACACACACACACACACACACACGCCUGUGUUCACACAGAUGCUACCUUUUUGCACACUUUGGAACAACGCUGCGCUUAACUGUGAGGGCAACUCCGCCUUUGUCUAAAUGGAAUUUGAGUACGGUUUCCUCUGUUUUGUUUUGAGUUAAAGUAUUUUUUGGUCAAAAUUGGAAACCUUCCAUUUGUCAUACAGUGUCUGAAGUGCGGGAAUGAGAAUGUGGAUGUUUUGACCGAGGUUCCCCCUCGUCUCCAGCAUGCUUAUCGUCCUUGAAGCACCUUGCCUUAGUGAGCAUAUCUGUUUCUAUGCAGGGCCGACUUUUCUCCGUCUUUCUUGUGCUUGACACCCCCCCCCCCCUCCUACCCCCAAGACCUUAUGGACAUUAUGCUGCUUACGGGGAAGCUUAUCAAGCCAAGUUUAUUCCAUCUCUCCACUUUCAGUCAAACGCUUGGAUCAUGCGUCUAUGUUGUCCACACAACUGCCUCAUUUCCUCCCAGUGUAAUAGAGUUACCAACUGUCUGGAAGGACGUUUGGCUGCUUUUAUUGACCUGGACUUCAAACUUUUUGGUGUGUUUUUGAAGAGUCAAUAAAUCAAAAAGAUUGGCACAAGCAUGCUUUCCACUGGGUGCCGAAAAAGAGGGAACCUCUUAAAACUGCACGCCUUUGUAGUAACAAGAUGCUUUAAUGGAGUGUGACACACUGGCACUCCCUCUCUCAGACAGAUAAUAUCAGUUAUAACGCUGGAACUAUUAUGUUAGUUUUUCAUAAAGAUCCGUUUGACCGAAGGGUUUGUUCCCACCGCUCUGGGAAAAUGAAAGAAAGCGCAGUGUGCUCCACAUCGCUGAUAGAUUUCACAGCACUCCUAUCUCAGCAGCAGCAGUUCAAAAUGUACUGCACCCCUCCGUUCUCUGACCGUGUUUGUAAUAUUCAAGUGCUGGGGUGUGUUCUGCAGAAUAUAGUUGGAGAGUUUGAUCUUGUAACAGGGAUGGUGAAAAUGACACAGGUUCACGCAUGUGUUAUCACAAUUUGAAUUGUUUUUUAAAUCUCUUCUUAAUUGCAUGGGAAACUGCGUGCCAUUUAUUUGUGUUUGUCCAGUGAAUGGCCUUCAGAGGCCAUUUACUUUUAACAAGAUAACUUGUAUUUAGCUGAUAUUAAAACAGAAUUUAAUGGUUUACAUUCGCAAAAAGAAAGUAGGCUUUUACUUAUUUAACGGAUACAGCUUUUUUUUAUCUUUAGAAAUAUGUGGGAACAUGCGUACCUUGUAAAUUGUGUGUAUUUUAGGGAUUUGGUGGGAGAAUUCCUGUAUAAAUUGUAAAGCUGAAUGUUAACAUAUUACACUACGAACAAACCGCCCUAUGUAUUAAACAAAAUAAAAAAUCUUUUUUAAGCAAA